AUGAAAGUGAAUUCAUUCUGGGUCCAGCGAUCACCGUGGGGUCACAGUUUCACCAUCAUCUGUUCCACUGAAUCUCAGUAUCCUGGAGGCUCCUUCCACCUGUUUAGAGAAGCAAAUAUUGCCAAGAGUCAGUCAGCUGUCGAUCUCUCUGCCUCCUUCUCCUUUCCUGAGGCAGAUUUUUCACAUGAGGGAAAAUACAGCUGUGUUUAUGAAGUCAUUUUGUCCUCACGCUCCUUCCGUUCACCUGCCUCUGAACUGCUGGUCAUCACUAUCACAGUGCACUUGCAGCAGCCCAGCAUUCCCCGCAUUGCUCCUGAUGGACAGUUUGAUGUUGGGCCUCAGGGGUCAGCGAUCCCGUGGGGUCACAGUUUCACCAUCAUCUGUUCCACUGAAUCUCAGUAUCCUGGAGGCUCCUUCCACCUGUUUAGAGAAGCAAAUAUCGCCAAGAGUCAGUCAGCUGUCGAUCUCUCUGCCUCCUUCUCCUUUCCUGAGGUAGAAUUUUCACAUGAGGGAAAAUACAGCUGUGUUUAUGAAGUCAUUUUGUCCUCACGCUCCUUCCGUUCACCUGCCUCUGAACUGCUGGUCAUCACUAUCACAGUGCACUUGCAGCAGCCCAGCAUUCCCCGCGUUGCUCCUGAUGGACAGUUUGAUGUUGGGCCUCAGGGGUCAGUGAUCACCAGGGGUCACAGUUUCACCAUCAUCUGUUCCACUGAAUCUCAGUAUCCUGGAGGCUCCUUCCACCUGUUUAGAGAAGCAAAUAUCACCAAGAGUCAGCCAGCUGUCGAUCUCUCUGCCUCCUUCUUCUUUCCUGAUGCAGAUUAUUCACACGAGGGAAACUACAGUUGUGUUUAUGAAGUCAUUUUGUCCUCACGCAUCUUCCGUUCACCUGCCUCUGAACUGCUGGUCAUCACUAUCACAGCCUCCCUGCUUCCCAUCAUUGGUGCUGCGGUGUCAGCUGUGCUGCUCUUAUUGUCUGUCCUCAUAAUCAUCCUCCUGGUCAAGAGAAGACAAAAACAAAGGAAUAAGGAAACUAAUUUGAAGUGCUCUUUUAAAAAACGAGGAUCAGCUAAUACAUAUGCAGGUGGAUCCCAAGAUAACAAAUAUGAAGAUGAUGAUGAGGCUGAUUAUGAAAAUGUAGGAACUUGA